AUGACAUCCACUGUAAGUACCAGCUUCACCUUGAUUCCCAACCAGAAAUACAGGCGCAGUAGCCGUCGCUCCAAACCAUUCUGCAACACUGUGAACAUAGAUUCCGAGUCACUGUCAACUCUCGGGAAUUUCAAAGCACUGCCAUUAGAGAUCUUUCAAAUGGUCUUGAAAUAUCUCUCAGUGAAGGAUAUCAGCAUGCUAAGCAUGGUGUCGAAAGCCAUCAGCAACCGCCUUAUUAAUUACAUCUCAACCUCAUCAGGAAACAGAAGGCUUUUACUGCAAGAUUUUCAUAACCUUGAGAUAUCUGGCAAGAAAGAAGGAUCCUGUGUAUUAGAACACUACAGAUCUCUAGGUUUGUUGCUUAAAAGGUGUACACUACUGCUGCCCACAAAAGACAGGCUAAAGUACAUACACAAGAUACUCUCAGAAGUUUCCUGUUUUAAACUCAGUGGUUGCCCAAGCCCAUUGCAUUGCUUGGGAUUACAAUGCUAUGGAGUGUUUUUACAGAUCUUGACAGCAGGCUGGGAUGAGCUAGAAUGCCAUCGUGUUUUUAACUUCCUCUGUGAGCUGAGCAAUCUACCUCGCAAAGUACAGACAGUUGUCAGCAGCAAACCAGGAAGUGCCCGAAAGCUGGAAUUACGGAUAAGGUUAUUCUGUCGCAGUGUCCUGCUAAAUCACUGGAUUCAUCGAAGUGAUUCUGCAUUUUGGCUGACUCGUAUCUUAAAACCGUGGCCAAUGGUUAAUCAAGCCCGGCUGUUGUACAUCAUUUUUGGGCCAGUUUCCUCUCUAAAUGGACAUGUGGUUUGGCAGAAAAUGAUAGAAGGACCAACAGAUGAGACCAGUUUAAAGGGUCUAGCUGAUGCUAUUAAACUACUGUAUGACACAGAAGCUAAAGAGUGGACAGCAGAUGAUGUUAUCAGUCUUGUGGAUGAAUUGUCAGUGGUUCCCCGGGAGUGGCUCAUGGAGAAUAAUGCUCGCCUCCUCAUCCUGAGUGGGAACAACAUCUGUUUCACCUUCAUGGCUAGUAAAGCUGUGAAUGGGAGGGCUCUUGAGCUGGCCAGGCUAGUGGUCUUUCUGGCUUUGGUCUGUGAGAAGGACUUGUACUGCAUGGACUGGGCAGUAAAAAUGAUGCAGAAAGUCUGCAAGGUUUUCAGCACUCCAGGCGAAAGAAAUAACUUCCUGCAGAGUGUGGAGAAUGCAUUUGCUCACAUGAUCAUGGACAUGCUACAGUCAGUAAUGUCUGGAGAUCGUGAUGAAGAAGACAGCAGCUUUCUGAAUUUGUUCCACCUUGUGAAUGCACAAGCUAACUUCCAUAAGGAAAUUCUGUAUCUGACCAUGAGAAGCACCUCUACCUAAAUACUUCGAAUUUCAGGCUUUUAGAGAAUACUACAGUGAUUCAGACAGGUGGCCUUUUUCUCCAUUUACUUUCUCACACAUAGAAAACAGUGUCCACCUACUUUUUACAUUCACUCUCCAGCAGUUGCUUGCAAAGUUUUAGCAGCUACAAAAAUAGAAAAUAUAAUAGCCAGUUAAAUCUGGAGCUAUAACCUCUGCAGAAGCUGCAGAAGGCUGACUGGAGAUGCUAGUGAAAUACAAAGUAGAAGAAUUACUUAAAUCUAUGAAGACAUAUCGAGUCAUCUCUAAGAAACUACAGCACGGUCUGUGCAAUAAACUUGUCUAAGCCUGUAUGUCAGGCUCCUCAGCACAUCCUAUCUGUGGCAUUCCAUGGUUU